GCCUUUCUUCCUCGCCUUCUUCUUCCUUCUCUCCCUUUGAGUGGGGUCGACCGGGCAACCGCCGUAGGGGUCACUGGCAGGUUUGCGUAAGGGCCUAGUCGUGCUGCGGGGGUUGCGACGGUCGGGGGCCGUAAGUGAGCUUCGAGAAUACGAAAAAGCCGGCCUGAAAAGUCGGGCCUGGUGGCUCAGCUUGAAAAGGGAGCCUCAGUAGAGCAGGAGGAGGAAGGGAAAGGGAAGCGGCGGCUGAGGAACGAGCGAGCGAGUCGGUUCCUGUUUCCCCUCAAGGCUGGGAUUGGGGGAAAAGGGUAAUAUCAAGUACUAUAAUAUUCAGGCACAGCAAGGGGAAAAAAAGAAGCCCUUCAUUGAAUGAGGAGUCCAUUGCUUCAGUAACUGUUUUCUUCAGUAGUGGGUCUUUGAAUGAGGAUGACAAUGGAAGAGAUGAAGAAUGAAGCAGAGACCACUUCUAUGGUUUCCAUGCCUCUCUAUGCAGUUAUGUAUCCUGUUUUUAAUGAGCUAGAACGGGUAAAUCUGUCUGCAGCUCAGACACUGAGAGCAGCUUUUAUUAAGGCUGAAAAGGAAAACCCAGGUCUCACACAAGACAUCAUCAUAAAAAUUUUGGAGAAAAAAAGUGUUGAAGUAAACUUUACUGAGUCCCUUCUACGCAUGGCUGCUGAUGAUGUAGAAGAGUAUAUGAUUGAAAGGCCAGAGCCAGAAUUCCAAGACUUAAAUGAAAAGGCACGAGCACUUAAACAAAUUCUCAGUAAGAUUCCAGAUGAGAUAAAUGACAGAGUGAGAUUUCUUCAGACAAUCAAGGCAAUAAAUGUGUUCAUAAGUGCCAAUCGACUAAUUCAUCAAACCAACUUGAUACUGCAGACCUUCAAAACUGUGGCCUGAAAAAAAAACUGUAUAUCUUGAGAGCUGUACUUUUCAAUGGUGGAUAGGAUACCUUUAUAUGUAAACUUUGACUGUAUAAAUUAUCAGUCCCAGUUGAAGGGACCUAAUGCAGGAUUUUGAAUGGGAUUUAUUGCCAUCUUACACCAUAUUUUUGUAAAAACAUUGUAGCUUAAUCAUAAUCUCACAAUGAAGAUUUUGCAUCACUUUUUUGCUAUUAUCAUUCUUUUCAGAAUUAUAAAGCCAAAAGAAUUUACGCCUUAAUGUGUCAUUAUGUAACAUUCCUUAUAAGAAUUGUAAAUAUUUGGUGUUCUGUUUCUGACAUUUUAACUUGAAAGCGAAAAACUGCAAGAUUAUGUAUUUAACAAUAUUGGUGGCAAAUAUUCAAUAAAUAGUUUACAUCUGUUAAACUGAAUCUAUAA